CGUGAUACUUCAUUUAAUCCUGGAAGCCUCCGUAAGAUAGAUAGCGAUUAACGCUCGAUUAACGCUAUAAUCGUCUGCAGAUCCUGACAUUAAAUCUUAUUUACUAAGACACGAACGUUAACAAAUAUUUUCACGAUCGCUGUUUACAUUUGCAUACAUUGUGAGAUUUGGAGGUAAAUAAACGUUUAGUUUAAUUUAAUUUUGGCUGUGAAGCAAAGCAGGAGUAUAAACUGAUUGAUUUAAACUUUACGGGUAAAAAUGUCGGAAGAAAUAAUGUACAAUCAGCAAGUUUGCGAAGAGCAGACGAAAUACAGUGAGAAUUCGGAUAGCGAUAUUUCGGAUAAAUUGUUUAAUGAAGAAAUGGAUAUUGAGGAACAUGAUGUGAAUUGUGGAAACGAGGAAUGCAUACUUAAUGGACGAUGUAAUACAAAUGAUCUUCCAGCUCCUUCCACGUUGAGUGAUCUGAUUGACGGUUUGCAUAAAAUCUUUGCACACCAGAAAAUCAAUGUUGAUUUUGUGCGGAACUAUAUGUCGAUGUAUAAAAGUAACCACAGGGACUGGAAGAAGUUUGCCAAGUUUGAUCAGCAUAGAUACACAAGGAACCUUGUAGACGAGGGUAAUGGCAGAUUCAACCUGAUGAUUCUGUGUUGGAAUGAAGCACAGGGGUCCAGCAUUCACUCCCAUGCCAACUCACACUGCUUCUUAAAGGUUAUUGAUGGGGCUGUAGAGGAGGAGCUUUUUCAAUGGCCGACAGAUUCCGAAUCAGAACACGCUAUGACGCCUGUACAAAUUGGUACAGUCAAAAGAAACGAGGUCAAAUAUAUGUGCGACGAACUAGGUCUUCACAGAGUCUCCAACCCAAGUCACACUGACAAAGCGGUUACACUGCACUUGUACUCUCCCCCAUUUAAUGAAUGCACAAUAUUUGAUGAGCGAACUGGCCACCAGCAGAAGGCACAAACAACAUUCUGGAGUAAAUUUGGGAAGAGGACCCCAUUUGGAAAAACAGGCGGACAAUGCACCAUUAUCGAAGCUGAAAACAACUAGAGGUCAUGGGCCAACCACUAGAUGUUCAAGUAAAAAAACAAUGGUCAAAGGUCAACCACAUGACUCUUGAUGUCAUGGUGAAAAAAAGACAGAGGUCACCAGUGAACAACUAGAUGUACAAGAAAAGAAAUCCAAGCUCAACAACUAGAAGGCAUGCACAGUUCAGCUACUAAAAGUAAAAUUUUGCCAACAAGUUGUCAAGGUUGUUCUCUUUUCAUAUUUUAUCAUCAAUCAAAGGAUUUGUGUGUUCUUGUUUUCAAAGGGAUACCAUCAAAGAUUGAAUGCCCAUGUACAUAUUUACUGCUCAUAUACAUAAUGCUCAAAAAUGAUUAUCUGUUAUCUUUUACUUGCUAUUUGGUGCAGCAUUUGUUGUGUGUGAAAAACUUGAAAAGUGUGAAUUUGAUUUUUUAUUCAUUUUAGACAAAUACUAUCAAUGUGCAUCUUUAAAGUAUGUUCAUUAUUUGGUCAUUUUUUUGUCUUGUUUAUUGCCUUUCAUGUUAUGAUUUCUGACAUAGGUUUGUUUGUUACUGCUUUUAUUGCCUGUGAUUUGUCAAUGUAUUAUGCUUGUUAUACUGUUAUCAAACUGUGUGAUUUUUUUUAUUUAAUUUCAUAGUAAAUAAGUGUAUCGAUUUUGUUAAUCCUUUAAUGUAUUUUAUGUGUAAUGCAUGGAUUAUUAAGAAUAAAGAGUCAAUACGUUUGAUUUUUAUUUAUCAAAAGCAAAUAUUGCUGUAUUCUGUAUUUGUCAUGAAAUAUUAUUGUUACUAGGCUUAUUGCAGCUGUAAAAGUAUUGUAGAUUUUUGGAAAAUAAAAUGUGCGUGUCCCACAACAUAAGAAAACAUUAA